GGAGGAGCCCCAGCGGAACCUGGGUUUAUUUUUUUAAUUUUUAUUUAUUUAUUUUUUUGCGGGUGCGGCAGCCCCAGGGAGUCGGGAGGACGCGCCCGGAUCAUGAAGAACUGCAAAGGCAUCGAGAACCCGGCUUUCGUCGCCUCCAGCCCAGAAAACCCGCGCCGCCUCUGUGCGUCGUCGCCUUGCAUCGAGAUCUCCGUCGUGUCCACCCCGGACGCGGGCUCGCCGCCGGCGCCGGCGCCUCAGGAGCCCCUGGAACGCCCCGAGUCGCCUCAGCCCCCGGGGGCUCCCGAUGCCUCCGGGCUCGGGUCGCUGUCCGAAUAUGAGGAGGGGCCGUACGGCUGGGGCAGCUUCCAACCCCGGGCUCUCCAGCGCUGCAACACGCCCCGGGGCUUUCUGUUUCACUACUGCCUCCUGGCCCUCACGCAAGGUAUUGUGGUGAAUGGCCUAGUAAAUAUUAGUAUUUCCACUAUCGAGAAGCGCUAUGAAUUGCAGAGUUCCCUGACGGGCUUGAUAUCAUCAAGCUAUGACAUUGCCUUCUGUUUGCUGUCUUUAUUUGUAUCAUUCUUUGGUGAAAGAGGACACAAACCAAGAUGGCUUGCAUUUUCAUCCUUUAUGAUAGGGCUGGGAGCGCUUGUGUUUUCACUGCCCAAAUUUUUUAGUGGAAAAUACCAAUUUGGGUCCCUUUUCAAAGAUACUUGCUCAGCAACAAAGAAUAAGCAUGGUUGUAGCACUUCCGGUUCCCCACUUUUCUACUACUUGUAUGUCUUCGUUCUGGGACAGCUGUUGCUGGGGACAGGAGGGACUCCUCUGUAUACCCUGGGAACAGCCUUUAUCGAUGACUCUGUGCCCAUCCACAAAUCUUCUCUCUAUAUAGGAAUUGGCUAUGCCAUGUCAAUUUUAGGCCCUGCUGUUGGCUAUGUGCUGGGAGGACAAUUGCUAACCCUGUACAUUGAUGUUGAUUUGAAACACAGCAUUGAUAUUACUGAGGAUGACCCUCGGUGGCUGGGGGCAUGGUGGAUUGGAUUUCUUAUAUCUUGGCUGCUUGCUUGGUCUUUGAUAAUACCUUUUUCUUGCUUUCCAAAACAUUUACCAGGUACAGCAAAAAUUCAAGAAGGAAAAAUUUCCCAAACUCAUCAGAGUGCUUCCUUACAACAUACAGAUAGUAAUUUUGGACAAAGUUUUAAAGAUUUUCCAGCUGCUCUAAAGAAUUUGAUGAGGAAUACUGUCUUUAUGUGUUUAGUUCUAUCAACUUGUUCGGAAGCCUUUAUUACCACUGGAUUUGCUACCUUUUUACCUAAAUUUAUAGAAAAUCAGUUUGGAUUGUCUUCUAGCACUGCAGCUACUCUUGCAGGGACUGUUUUAAUUCCUGGAGCUGCUCUUGGUCAGAUUUUAGGUGGUAUUCUUGUUUCGAAAUUCAAAAUGACGUGUAAAAACAUAAUGAAGUUUGCUUUGCUCACAUCUGUAAUUUCACUUGUACUGACUUUUGUGUUUGCUUAUGCCAACUGUGAAAAUGAGCCAUUUGCGGGUGUGUCUGAAUUAUAUAAUGGGACAGGGGAACUGGGAAACUUGACCGCUCCUUGUAAUGCCGAUUGUAACUGCCUGCGAUCGUAUUACUAUCCUGUCUGUGGAGGAGAUGGAGUCCAGUAUUUUUCUCCCUGCUUUGCAGGUUGUGCACAAUCCGUUUCCAAAAGACACCCGAAGGUAUAUUAUAACUGUUCCUGUAUUGAAGGGGAAAUUGAUGUAACGCCUACUCCAUCAAGUGUUAGUCUUGAAGCUCAAGCUGGAAAGUGCUCAAGUCAUUGUAAAAACCUGCCCCUGUUCCUUGGCAUUUUCUUUGCUGCAGUUGUUUUUACCUUCAUGGCUGGUACUCCUGUAACCGUGGCCAUCCUAAGGUGUGUUAAUCAAAGGCAGCGAUCUCUAGCAUUGGGAAUACAGUGUACGUUGCUUCGAUUAUUAGGCACCAUACCUGGACCUAUUAUAUUUGGCAGUACAAUAGACAGCACAUGUAUUCUCUGGGAUAUUAACGAAUGUGGAAAUAAAGGAGCUUGCUGGGUCUAUAAUAACGUCAAGAUGGCCUAUAUGCUAGUGGCCAUAAGUGUUAUUUGUAAAAUUAUCACUGUUUUCUUCAUUGGACUUGCAGUCUUUUUGUAUAAACCUCCACCAUCAGUCACAGAUGUAGCAUUUCAAAAUCAGAAUGCAGCUGUGACUACGGUUUCAUUAGAAAGUGAUCUCAGCAAAGCAGGGAAUGACGGAUGAAACUGCAAAAGAAAAGAUUGAAAAUUGGCCUGCGUUUGUAAGAGUGCAUAUCACUGCAGCAUUAACUAUCCAAUAUGGACAAUCAUAUUUUAGAAAUUUUUUUUUUAUAAUUAAAUGUGUUUCCUGUGUAUGUA